UCCCUAACAUGGCCGCCCCGGCAGAGCCCGCCUCAGCCCGCCGCCCGCCGGGGCCGCCGCCGCCCGCCCGCCGCUGGCGGUAGAGACUGCGGGGCCGGCAGGCGGCCGCCCUCGCGGGGAGGCGGAGGGAGCCGCGGGGGGCUCCAUGAGGGGCUGGGGCAGCCCGGGGCCCGGCCUGCCCAGGCGGCUGACUCCUCCCUUGGGGCAGGAGGGAGCGCUGGGGCCGCCCCCGCCCGCCGGGGCCGCCGCCGUGUGACUGGGAGCGCGCAGCCCCGAGCGGCCGCGGGGCGCCGGGCCUGAGCCGGCGGGCGUCGACACCCUGUCCCCGCGGGACGGGGCCUCCUGGGCCCGGCACAGCGCUCCCUCCCCGCCCGCCGAGAUCCCCGCCGGCAGCGACAAUGUUUUCUCUCAAGCAGCCCAAGCCCACCUUCAAGUCCUACCUUCUGCCGCUGCCUCAGGCUGAAGACCAUAUGGCAUCAGAACCAAGGAUUAAAAAGCUGGAACCAGUACUUUUGCCAGGUGAAAUUGUGGUAAAUGAAGUAAAUUUUGUAAGAAAAUGCAUUGCAACAGAUACGAGUCAGUAUGACCUGUGGGGCAAAUUGGUUUGCACUAACUUCAAGAUUUCCUUUAUUACGGAUGACCCAAUGCCGCUCCAGAAAUUCCAUUACAAAAAUCUCCUCCUUGGUGAACAUGAUGUCCCUCUAACAUGCAUUGAGCAGAUUGUCACAGUGAAUGACACCAAGAGGAAGCAGAAGGUCCUUGGUCCCAACCAAAAACUUAAAUUUAAUCCAACGGAAUUAAUCAUCUAUUGCAAAGAUUUCCGUAUUGUCAGAUUUCGUUUUGAUGAAGCGGGUCCUGAAAGUGCAAAGAAGGUGUGCCUUGCAAUAGCUCAUUAUUCUCAGCCAACAGAUCUUCAGCUGCUCUUUGCAUUCGAGUACGUUGGGGAAAUAUAUCAUAAUCCAGCAAAGAAGGUGAAUGGAAUAGACCCAGGAGGUGGUGGUGGUGGUGGCAUCGGCAGUGCCAGUGGCCAGCAGACACCUUUGUUUGAAACUUACUCUGAUUGGGAUAGAGAAAUCAAAAGGACAGGUGCUUCUGAGUGGAGAGUUUGUUCAAUCAAUGAAGGUUAUAUGAUAUCUACUUGCCUUCCAGAGUAUUUUGUGGUUCCAUCUUCCCUAGCAGAUCAAGACCUUAAGCUAUACUCCUACUCUUUUAUUGGGAGACGAAUGCCAUUAUGGUCCUGGAAUCACCCUAAUGGCAGUGCCCUGGUAAGAAUGGCCAACAUUAAGGAUGUGUUGCAGCAAAGAAGAAUUGAUCAAAGGAUUUGUAAUGCAAUAACUCGAAGCCAUCCCCUGAGAAGUGAUGUUUACAAAUCUGAUCUGGACAAGUGUCUCCCCAGCAUCCAGGAGCUCCAGGCUGCACACAUCAAACUCAAGCAGCUGUGUGUUAAUGAGCCUUUUGAAGAAACUGAAGAGAAGUGGCUGUCCUCACUGGAAAAUACUCACUGGUUAGAGUAUAUUAGGUCGUUUCUGAAGCAUUCUGCUGAGCUUGUGUAUAUGAUGGAGUGUAAGCAUGUUUCUGUAGUUCUUCAAGAGGAAGAGGGACGGGACCUGAGCUGUCUUGCUGCUUCUCUCAUUCAAGUUAUGCUGGAUCCCUAUUUUCGAACAAUUGUUGGAUUUCAAAGCUUAAUACAGAAGGAAUGGGUCAUGGCAGGAUAUCAGUUUUUAGAUAGGUGUAACCACUUAAAGAGAUCUGACAAAGAGUCUCCUUUGUUCUUGAUGUUUCUUGACUGUGUUUGGCAGCUGCUAGAACAAUACCCAGCAGCCUUUGAGUUUUCUGAGAUGUACCUGACCAUACUGUACGACAGUGCACGUAUCUCAUUGUUUGGCACCUUCCUUUUCAAUUGUCCUCAUCAGCGAGUGAAGGAAAGCACUGAAUUUGCCAUAAGCAAAAAUAUUCAGCUGGGUGAUGAGAAAGGCCUCAAGUUUCCUUGUGUUUGGGACUGGUCUCUUCAGUUUACCAGCCGGGACCGCCUGCUGUUCCACAACCCCUUGUACAUUGGCAAGAGCGCUCCCUGCGUGCAGAACGGAGCCAUCAGGACUUUCAAACGCUCAAAGAAAAACUACAGUUCCACAUUGCGAGGUGUCCCCCCAGCAUUAAAAAACGGAAUCAUCAGUGAGCAAGAGUUCUUUCCAAGAAGAAACUCUCUGAUACUCAAACUGAAACCUGACUUCCUGCAGCCAGCAGAGAGCCAGAGCAGCAGCAUGGAGCAGUACUUCAGAGACUGGUUUGCAAAGCCUGUGGAUUUGCACGGCGUGAUUCUACCCCGUAUCUCUGGAACACAAAUAAAACUGUGGAAACUCUGCUACUUCCGCUGGGUUCCUGAGGCCCAGAUUAAUCAUGGUGGCUUCAUCACUGCUUUCCAUAAAGUUUCUUUGCUGGCAGAUGAAGUAGACAUGCUAAACCGGAACCUUCGGCAGUACAAAAGCCACUCUGCUCUGCAAGGCACCUGCUCGGAACUGGAUCAAAGCAGGAUGUACUUCAGAGCAAAUGGCUUCAAUGACACCUCUGCAGCCCCAGACUUUCUCUCCUCCUCAUUCCCAUUCUCUCCUGUAGGAAACCUGUGCAGACGGAGCAUUCUGGGAACACCUUUGAGCAAAUUUUUAAGUGGUGCCAAAAUCUGGCUAUCCACUGAGACGCUUGCAAAUGAAGACUGAGGUGAUGUGGUGGUUUGAAGGUUUGGGGAGAAGACAGCAUAUCAUUUUGUCUUUUCUAAGUUAACACUGCUACAUGUGGCAUUGAAAGCUGUAAUAAUUUUUGUAUACAAACCUUAAGGAAGUUUGCACAAGUACUUCAAAUCAGAGCAAGUCAUGCUUCGAGUCGCACAACUUUGUCUUCAGUAGUUCUCAUCUGCUAGGGCUUCUGGUCCCUCAUUCCUUCUCUAUUCUUGUGGUUUGGCUCCCAUAUGCAAUGGAGCAUUUCAUUAGCUAAUCAAAAGGCUUGGUGUGGUCAUUAAUGAGGGUUCUGCUUGAAGUACCUUUUUUUCCCAGAUAGUGACUGAAGUGACUCCUGUGUCAAAACAGCUUGGCAAAUCAAGGCAGCGAGGAGCAGGGGACACAGACCCACAGCUAAAACCUGGGAACAAACUGUUUUAUCAGAUUGCCUCUUCAGGAAGAAUACUUAUAUACAUACAUACAUAUUAAUGUUCUGACUUGGUCAUCCUACAUAGGUGUUAAUGCAGUGUGUAUCCAUGGGGGAGUUGUUCCCUUUUCUUUCUCUCCCCAAAAUGUAUUCAUUAAGUUAGUCAGAUUUGUGCUCUUUGUCAUGAGCUUGACUUUAGACUAUAGGAACCAACUUCAGGACAAUGCACUGUUAACCUUAAACAUUUACUGUAGAUAGGGUAUUGUAGUAGCUUUAGAAGUGCCUUUAACCGGGAGGAAACAGUAGCAAGAUGACUCUACUGCAACUGCUCCCCCUCAGCUUCUUACAAUAGAUGGUUCUGGUAAAUUCUGGUUCCAUCCCCUGCCUCCCUCUCUCCAUUUCUGGAAGUAGCAGCAGACCAGCUCAAGAGACAGCAGGUUUGUCUUCCAGGGUUAAGCCUGUUUGCAAGUCUGAUGAGAGCCUCACUUUUCUAUAUAAGCACCUCAAAUACUCAGCAUUGUUCCUGUGCACAGACCCUGAUCCGUGCCGACCUGCUUCUCAUCCUGAUGAAGUAGCUUUCAGGAGAAUUCAUACUUAAGCCCUACUGGUUUCCAGAAAGGAGGACGUGCUCCAAGUGGCCAAAUCCACAAGGAUGCUGGUGCUGUUGUCACUUGUGAGCAGGUGCUAGGAGAGUGCUUUUGGUGCCUUCUUUUUUACAUAUGUGCAUGUCUUUAUGGACCGUGCCAUGGACAAGCACUGCUUGAGGGAAUUCAAUCCAACAUCUUCCUUCUGCUUAAUGCAGCAGCCUCCUCUUUGCUCUGAAACUUUUUCCAUGAUACCUCUGCUCCUGGAGGCCGUGCCAGAAAAAGGCUCAAGCUUCAUAAGGAGAAAAGGUAGAGAGAGAAGUACACAGGGAGGGUGGAGGAGCAGUAAUGUGUCCUGCUCAUAGUUGAAGGCUUCUGUCAACUACCUUAACAGUGAGGCUGUAUUUUGUAUGGACUGAUUCCUGUGUAAAACACAAACACUAUGGAACCAACACUGAGCCUCUACUCAGGUGUUGACCCACAAGUCAACGCACCAAAGGCCUUAUAUGAUAGGCUAAAAGUUAUUCUGUUACUGCACGGUGAUAAUGCACAGUCCAGCAGAGUUAGAAAAAAGGGGGGAAUAGGAUCUGGAGCUCUUCAUUUGUUUCCAAAACCAAAUUGGUCUUCAGCACAUCUUAAAUCACAAUGUUUUGGAUGUCUAAGAUUGCUCAAGUAUUGAUUUUAGAAAAUAUGCAUCUGGAGUGGCCUCAGAGGUGCAGGCUUUGUGCUAGGGAAUACAGUGCAUACAGGACCCUGUUUCCCCCAGGCUGCAGGGGGUGUGUGGUGUCCGGCCCCAUGUCCCCUUCGCCAGGGACAAGCGGUGGUUCCCUUACAAAGGGUGAGCUGAGGUGGGAGGGGGAGGCUUCUUUUUUUAACUAACCAAACUCCCCAAAACUGUUUUUAUGCAAAGAAGCUGCGUGUGUGUGUGGAUGUUAGGACACAAUGCUGCCAGAUCAGGUCUGGUCAACUGUUUGUGAGGAAAAACGCGUGUUCACCUCAGUUGCCUCAUUGUGCUGCAAGAUGGUCUGAACAUGUUAAAUGGUCCACAAACCAGUUGUGUUUAUUUACAAGCUUCCAGAGCGGUCAUCUGAAUUGUUCAAUUUGUUAUUCAAAGGUUUGUAUUAGUUUGCUUUCGUGGUUAUUUUUUUAUUUUCAUUAGCUUACUGCUUCCCUGGCCUGAUACUUGACAUAAAAGACCUCAACCUGUGUGCUUAGUGUCUUUUGGUACCAUUUUUUUUUUCUUUUUAAUAUUACAGUUAAAGCUAUGGUGUCUUUUUAUUUUUUAUUUCUUUUUCCUUAAAAGUCUAACUUUUUUGGUUUAAAGGUACCAAAAAUGUGUAAAUAACUUACUCCACACAGGCAGCUGGUGGAAUUAAAAAAUGAAACAAAAAUUAAUGUUUAGGCUAGUACCUUUUGGGGAAAAAAUGGGUACUAUAUUUAAACAGGAUUGUCUUUUAUAAGGAGAUUUCAGACAUUUUUACAUUUCAGUUCUAAGAUGUGUACAGAUGCUGCAGAUGGUCUUUGUAUUUUAUAUAUAUAUAGCAUGGGAGGGGGUUAAAAAUAAUAUGCCUUUAUAAUAAGCAAAACCUGUCUAAAUAUCUAUUUGCCAAACAGUUAAAAAUAAAUUUUACACGGUUUGAAAAGGGGAGUCAGGCAAGCAGAGCUGAGAUGGUGAUAAGCAUGGGGGGAGAGAUGGGGGCCAGCUCCUGCAGUGAGGAAAGGGGGCAGCAAAGGUUCAGCUCCUUGUUUGCAGGGACCCCCCUGCUGAGGAGCCUGAACAACUGCUUGUGCCUGUUGUUUCCUCCUCUUAAGGUAAACAUCUUAAUUUUUUAAAUUUCCUUUUGAAAGACAGGUACUAAAUGUUAAUCUUAACAUACUCUCCACUCUGCACAGUUGCCUUAUCAAUAGUCAGUAUGGACUGCUCUGAACAUUAAUAACUUUCAAAAGCAAUUUUGGGGGGUGAGUACAUGUCUUUAGCUUCUAUGUACAGAGUACUGACAUGCAAGUGUAAUGUGUGUGUGUGUGUAUAUAUGUACACAUUUUCAAAUUUUAAUUUCUGUUCACCAUUUAAAGUAAGAUACUGUUAAUGCCAUUUUGGAGUUGCCAGAGUAGAGAAACUACAAUCUUUUUUUGUCUGUUUCUAGAAACGUGCACUAUUUUGGCUGUUACUGGCUGUUACACCAUUUGUACUACACUGUAACCCAUGCGGGAGGAAAUGCAGCAGCUGGUUGAUGUGGUUGACAUGUACCUUGGGUGUCACUAAUCACUGAGAGGUUGUGUUGUAGGCCUGGUGAUCAUGGCAGUGCAAGUCUAGUCACCCUUUGCUGCCUUGUAUCAGAGAGAUUCUUCAUUCCAGAAAUGCAUUGAAAAGUGUGUGUGUGUAUUUAUACGCAGGCCUGCACGAGUGCACCUGCCUGCAAAACCACUUUGCUACUAACUGCCUUGUAUUUCUAAUGAAAAUGUAGCAAGCAGGGCAAAGGUUUUGGCUUACUCUCAGAUGGACAGACAUUAAAACCAAAAAAAUUCUAACACGUAUUUAAGCAAAGGGCAAGAUCUUAAAUUUGCCUCUUAACAUAAGAGACAGAAAUCUGUACCUCAGUUGCUUUAGGCAGUAGGUUUCUAAUGCUGUUGCUGUGAUGGUUUAGAGUUCAUUUCAACUGAAAGGAAAACCUUUGUGCCUGAUAAUGAUUUACUGAGUAAAGUAGCAGUGUCAGGGAGAUUAUAAAAUCCUGAUGCUGAGUUGUGAAUGUGAAGUAAAGUAGACUAAAUAAAAGUUCAUACCUUUCCACAGCAAACCAGGCAGUUUUCUUUCACUUCCUCUAACAAAAAAACUAGGGGAGCGUGUGUUUGGUUUUUUCCAAGAAAAGUAGGGACACUGUGCUGUAGAAAGAUGAUUAAUAAAAAAGAUGUGCAAAUGA